CGCCGACUAGUCAAUUUCACCGUGAUGCGACCGAUUGACAGAAUUAAGAAGCCGUUGGUCUUGCGACCCCCAAAGGUCAUGUCGGCCACUCCGUGUGCCGUUGAAGUUGCCACGCUUUUCAACUGCUGGCGGGCCCUGAGCGUUGACUCGAAACAGUGUGCGGAUUCAGCAAAAUCUCUCAUGACAUGCAUGGCCGCACAAGGCAAGUCAACUGGGUCGUCCCGAUCUGUCGACCAAAUCAAUUUCUGGUUGGCAAAAGCACGUAGAAAGAAGCAGCUAUAGAACAGUAGUUCCCAAUCAACCUUCGCCCUCCACUUACAACCGCUAGAUCACCUUCCAAACUACCAUCUGUAAUUUAUCACCCUGUCCUUAACAAUAUUUGCAAAUACAUUUUGAGUUUACAAAGACGACGGUGCAUGACGAAGACUGCUAUACAGUCAUCAUCGUGUCUCUGAG